AUGAAGAAACCACAACAACUGAUUUCGAGCAAGCUGAUGCUCCUCGUUGCCAUUCUCACAGCAAUACAUCUUGCUUUGAACGAAUACCGAGUUGUGGCUACUGUUGUGGUCAUGUUUAAUAUUUCAACUGUUGGAGGUAAUGGAAGUCCUUCGUUUAGUUCAGAUGGAAUUUUAGCAACAAACAGUGGAAUGAAACCUUUCAGCUGCCAGGUGUCACCCUCUGGGGAUGUUAUAUUUGCAGAUUUCCAAAAUCAUAGAAUUAGAAAAAUUGAUUCACAAACAGGUUUGAUUUCAACAAUAGCUGGCACAGGUUCAACAGAUUACAAUGGUGACAAUCAAUCAGCCACCUCCACUAAUCUCAAUAGUCCGAUUGGUGUAUUUGUUUCAUCAAGUGGGCAAAUCUAUAUUGCAGAAUUCGGAGGUCAUCGAAUUAGAAAGAUUGAUACCGAUGGAAUAAUUACAACCAUUGCAGGUACGGGUACUGCUGGAUCGAAUGGAGAUUCUGGACCAGCCACUUUUGCUCAAAUUAAUUCUCCAAUAUGUGUGUAUGCUCACACCAAUGGAGAUGUUUAUAUUUGUGACUCUUACAGUCAUAAAGUUCGAAAGAUUUCAACAUCUGGAAUCAUUUCAACCAUUGCAGGAACAGGAGAUGCAGGACUAUUUGGAGAUGGAGGACCUGCCACAAGUGCACAUUUAUUUCAUCCAAGUCAAGUUCAUGUCACAUCUAAUGGAGAAGUAUACAUUAUGGAUCGAUUGAAUCAUAGACUUCGUCGUAUCAAUACACUUGGAAUCAUUUCAACCAUAGUAGGAACAACGAUUGGAUAUAGUGGAGAUCAAGACGUGGCUACCAAUGCCCAAUUCUCAAAUCCAACAGGUUUUCACAUUUCACCAAUUGGAGAAAUUUUCAUUUCUGAUUAUUCGAAUCAGAGAAUUCGUAAAGUUUCCCUACAAGGAAUAGUUUCGACAGUGGCUGGCAAUGGAUCUUCUGGAUUUUCUGGAGAUUUCUCAAAUGCUCUUUCUGCAACCAUGUAUGAUCCAAGUAGUGUGGUUGUGAACUCGACGAGUGGUGAAAUUUAUUUCACAGAUUUCAACAACAAUAGAAUUCGAAAAUUAUCUCCUUACUGUGACCAUACUGACUAUCGUUUUGAUCCCAAUACAUUUAAUUGUACUCCAAUAUGUUAUGGUCAUGUAUUAAGCAACGCUUGUGGAGGUCCACAACAUGGUUCAUGUGUAGCUCCCAAUCAAUGUCAAUGUACGAGUAAUUAUACAGGAUCCACAUGCUCCAUUCCGUAUUGUUUUGGAAUUGCCGCAACCAAUACAACACAUGUAUGUAGUGGAGGAGGGAGAGGCAUGUGUGUAAAUCCAGAUCAAUGUCAAUGUUCAGCCAAUUAUUUUGGAAGUCAAUGUGAAGUAACGCGUUGUUUUGGACAAUGGAGUAACGACACUCUGAAGGUUUGCUCUGGUCGAGGUAGUUGUGUCGAUUUUAACAAGUGUCAAUGCCAAUCGAAUUAUUUCUCUUCCCAGUGUGAAGUCAGCAAGUGUUUCGGAGUCUUUUCAAACGAAUCCAUUGCGUGCUCUUCUCAUGGCACUUGUUUGGAUACGAAUGUGUGUCAAUGUUCACCCAAUUAUUAUGGACCAAUUUGCAAUGUCACGACAUGUAGUGGAAUUUUUAGUAAUACCUCUCUCGUGUGCAAUUUCAAUAAUGGAACUUGCUCAUCCUUUAAUAACUGUACAUGUCAAGCAGGGUAUAUGGGAAACACUUGUGAAAUUCCUGUAUGUUUUGGAAUUCGAGGUGACCUUCCUUCUCAAGUGUGUAAUGCUCAUGGCUCUUGUAUCCGAAAAGAUACCUGUCAAUGCUUUAACGAUUGGAGAGGUGCGAAUUGCUCCAUUCCAGAUUGUUUUCACAUACCUUCUACCAAUCCAAAUGUUUGUUCUUCUCGAGGACAAUGUAUUUCCAACAACACAUGUAGUUGUGAUAUAUUGAAAUACGAUGGACCGGAAUGUCAAUUUUACAAAUGUUUUGGAAUUUCCUCGAAUCGUUCUCAAGUCUGUAGUGGACAUGGAGAAUGCAUGAAUGUGAAUCAGUGUCAAUGUCAUUCAGGGUUUGGAGGAGAUCAAUGUCAGUAUCCUUCUUGUUAUGGAAUUCUUGCAAAUUUCACAUCAUUGGUAUGCAGUGGUGGAAGAGGUAAAUGUUCUUCCCUCAAUAAUUGUACCUGUCAUUUCGGGUAUCAUGGAGAGGAGUGUCAAUUUACCACAUGUUAUGGAUUGGAAUCGAACAGCAGUGUUGUGUGUAAUUUUCGAAAUGGUACUUGUGUGGAUUAUGACAAGUGUCAAUGCAGAGAAAAAUAUUUUGGAAGCGAAUGUCAAUAUCCUUCAUGUUAUGGAAUUUUGUCCAAUGACUCUCGAGUGUGCACUGGAAAGAGAGGUCAAUGUAUUUCACCUGACACUUGUCAAUGUAACACCAAUUACUUUGGUCCGGAUUGUGAAUUCACGACAUGUUAUGGAAUUCCCUCCAACAACAGCACUGUUUGUAACAACGGAGGUGGAAUUUGCAGAGAUUUCAACACAUGUGAAUGUCACCUGGGAUGGGCAGGACCCAAAUGUAUGGAAUCUUAUUGUUUUGGAAAACUCUCAAAUUCGACUUUGGAGGUUUGCAGUGGACACGGAAAUUGUACUGCUCCCAAUGAAUGUGUUUGUAAUGAUAAGUUUUCAGGUCCUGACUGUUCCAUUCAUUCAUGUUAUGGAAUUGCUGCAACCAAUUCCUCUGUAUGUCAUCAACAUGGUGUUUGUGUCGAGUUGGAUCAAUGUUCAUGUAGGAAUGAUACCAUGCAUUUCGAUUGCUCGUUGUUGUUUUUACGUUCUGAUAGAUUGUUACUGGUAUUUUCGAAAGAACAAACUACUAUUGGAGAAAACACGCAAAAUGUCACUUCUCAGCUCUCAAUUUUGGAUUCAAGGUUUUUACAAUAUUAUGCAGGAAGAAAUGUUAAAAUUACGUGGGAAAUGACGAAGGAAAGUACACACGAAUCUAUUCACAAAGCGGAAAAGACAAUUCAAUUUUCAAACAGUGCUUUUGAUACAAGCAUCACGUUCCAGCUCCCUUCCCUAACAGAGAUUGGAAAUAUCACGGCACAUGUCGUCUUAAUGGAUGUGAAAACUCAACUCGUCAUAUCUGAAAGGAUCUCUUCACGACUGAGUUUGAGAGUCACUGACGUUCCACCAGCACCUCCUCAAGACCCAAACAACUCCUUGAUUAUUGGAAUUGCAGUUGGCGUGGGUGCACCUCUUUUUGCCGUUGGGCCGCUGCACUGA